AUGGCAUCCGACCCGUCAGUGCCCAUCGUCGUCGAUAACGGUACCGGCUUCGUCAAGUGCGGCUGGGCUGGGAGCAACUUUCCUGAGUAUGUCUUCCCGUCUGUCGUCGGACGACCGAUCCUACGUGCGGAGGAGCGCCUCGGCAGCUCGCAGCUGAAGGACCUGAUGAUCGGCGACGAGGCGGCGGAGAACCGCUCGUUCCUACAGAUGAGCCAUCCCAUGGAGCACGGUAUCGUCAAGAACUGGGGCGACAUGGAGCACCUCUGGGACUACACGUUCUACGAGAAGCUCAAAGUCGACACGCGCGGACGCAAGGUCCUCCUCACCGAGCCGCCCAUGAACCCCAAGGCCAACCGCCAGAAGAUGGCCGAGGUCAUGUUUGAGCGGUACCAGUUUGGCGGGGUCUAUGUUGCGAUCCAGGCGGUGCUCACGCUGUAUGCGCAGGGUCUCCAGACCGGUGUCGUCGUUGACUCUGGAGACGGCGUGACCCACAUCGUGCCCGUGUACGACGGCUUCUCUCUUCCCCAUCUCACCCGCCGUCUCGACGUCGCCGGCCGCGACGUCACACGCUACCUGAUCAAGCUUCUCCUCAUGCGCGGGUACGCGUUUGAGCGCACGGCCGACUUUGAGACGGUGCGCGGGAUUAAGGAGAAGCUGUGCUUCAUGUCGUACGACCUUGAGCUCGACAAGAAGCUGGCAGACGAGACGACGGUGCUAGUCGAGAACUACACGCUGCCAGAUGGGCGUGUGAUCAAGGUCGGCUCGGAGCGUUACGAGGCCCCCGAAUGCAUGUUCCAGCCGCACCUCGUCGAUGUUGAGCAGCCAGGUGUGGCCGAGCUCCUCUUCCAGACGAUUCAGCAGGCUGCCCUCGACACCCGUGCUGAGCUGUACAAGCACAUUGUCCUUUCCGGCGGCUCGAGCAUGUACCCUGGCUUCCCGUCGCGCCUGGAGAAGGAGAUGAAGCAGCUGUACCUCACGCGCGUGCUCAACAACGACGCGUCGCGGUUGAAGAACUUCAAGAUCCGCAUCGAGGACCCACCCCGUCGGAAACACAUGGUCUUCCUGGGCGGCGCUGUGCUCGCCGACAUUAUGAAGAGCCAGGAGGCGUUCUGGGUCACAAAGCAGGAGUGGGAGGAGGAGGGUGUGCGCGCUCUUGACAAGCUCGGCCGCGGGGACUAA